UAGGACGCUCCUCCCGGAGAGUAGUGAGACCCCUGGUGCGGGGCGAUUGGUGGCGGGAGCGAUGAGUGGCAGCUGCACGGCCCAACGGAAGCUGUGCGUGGGCCGCGGGGCGGGGCCAGGGCGGGUGCGCGGCGGCGGCGGGGUGGCUGGGCCGGCGGCGGCGGCGGUACGAGGCGCGCGCUCGGGGUCCCGGUCGCGAGGAGGAGGAGGAUGUGGCGCGCGGAGGGGAAAUGGCUGCCGAAAACAAGCCGGAAGGUCCUUGCUCCAGGACAAGAAUAAUAUGUUGACUCAAGCCGUAUGGGGGGAUUUGAACUACAGACACUCAGAUGUCUCCUUUCUGAGAGCGUUUCCCAAAGUGUAUUCUGCGGAACUAGCACCUACUGUGUUCUCAACACCGUGCCACCUAUAGAAGAUGAUCAUGGGAACAGCAAUAGUAGUCAUGUAAAAAUCUUUUUACCGAAAAAGCUGCUUGAAUGUCUGCCGAAAUGUUCAAGUUUACCAAAAGAGAGGCACCGUUGGAACACUAAUGAGGAAAUUGCAGCUUAUUUAAUAACAUUUGAGAAACACGAAGAAUGGCUAACCACCUCCCCUAAGACAAGACCACAGAAUGGCUCAAUGAUACUCUACAACAGGAAGAAAGUGAAAUACAGGAAAGAUGGGUAUUGCUGGAAAAAGAGGAAAGAUGGGAAAACGACCAGAGAGGACCACAUGAAACUCAAGGUCCAGGGAGUGGAGUGCUUGUACGGCUGCUAUGUCCAUUCCUCCAUCAUCCCCACCUUCCACCGGAGGUGCUACUGGCUCCUUCAGAACCCCGACAUCGUCCUGGUGCACUACCUGAACGUGCCGGCCAUCGAGGACUGUGGCAAGCCUUGCGGCCCCAUCCUCUGCUCCAUCAACACCGACAAGAAGGAGUGGGCGAAAUGGACGAAAGAAGAGCUCAUCGGGCAGCUGAAACCCAUGUUCCAUGGCAUCAAGUGGACCUGCAGCAAUGGGAACAGCAGCUCGGGCUUCUCAGUGGAACAGCUGGUGCAGCAGAUCCUCGACAGCCACCAGACCAAGCCCCAGCCGCGGACCCACAACUGCCUCUGCACCGGCAGCCUGGGAGCUGGCAGCAGCGUGCAUCACAAGUGUAACAGUGCCAAACACCGUAUCAUCUCGCCGAAGGUGGAGCCACGGACAGGGGGGUACGGGAGCCACUCGGAGGUGCAGCACAAUGACGUGUCGGAGGGCAAACACGAGCACAGCCACAGCAAGGGCUCCAGCCGCGAGAAGAGGAACGGCAAGGUGGCCAAGCCAGUGCUGCUGCACCAGAGCAGCACCGAGGUCUCCUCUACCAACCAGGUGGAAGUCCCCGACACCACCCAGAGCUCCCCCGUGUCCAUCAGCAGCGGGCUCAACAGCGACCCUGACAUGGUGGACAGCCCGGUGGUCACAGGUGUGUCCAGUAUGGCGGUGGCCUCUGUGAUGGGGAGCUUGUCCCAGAGCGCCACGGUGUUCAUGUCAGAGGUCACCAAUGAGGCCGUGUACACCAUGUCCCCCACCGCUGGCCCCAACCACCACCUCCUCUCACCUGACGCCUCUCAGGGCCUCGUCCUGGCCGUGAGUUCCGACGGCCACAAGUUCGCCUUCCCCACCACGGGCAGCUCGGAGAGCCUGUCCAUGCUGCCCACCAACGUGUCUGAAGAGCUGGUCCUCUCCACCACCCUCGACGGUGGUCGGAAGAUUCCAGAAACCACCAUGAACUUUGACCCCGACUGUUUCCUUAAUAACCCAAAGCAGGGCCAGACGUACGGGGGUGGAGGCCUGAAAGCCGAGAUGGUCAGCUCCAACAUCCGGCACUCGCCGCCCGGGGAGCGGAGCUUCAGCUUUACCACCGUCCUCACCAAGGAGAUCAAGACCGAGGACACCUCCUUCGAGCAGCAGAUGGCCAAAGAAGCGUACUCCUCCUCCGCGGCGGCCGCGGCAGCCAGCUCCCUCACCCUGACCGCCGGCUCCAGCCUCCUGCCGUCGGGCGGCGGCCUGAGUCCCAGCACCACCCUGGAGCAGAUGGACUUCAGCGCCAUCGACUCCAACAAGGACUACACGUCCAGCUUCAGCCAGACGGGCCACAGCCCCCACAUCCACCAGACCCCCUCCCCGAGCUUCUUCCUGCAGGAUGCCAGCAAACCCCUCCCCGUCGAGCAGAACACCCACAGCAGCCUGAGUGACUCUGGGGGCACCUUCGUGAUGCCCACGGUGAAAACGGAGGCCUCGUCCCAAACCAGCUCCUGCAGCGGUCACGUGGAGACGCGGAUCGAGUCCACCUCCUCCCUCCACCUCAUGCAGUUCCAGGCCAACUUCCAGGCCAUGACGGCAGAAGGGGAGGUCACCAUGGAGACCUCGCAGGCGGCGGAAGGGAGCGAGGUCCUGCUCAAGUCUGGGGAGCUGCAGGCCUGUAGCUCUGAGCACUACCUGCAGCCGGAGACCAACGGGGUGAUCCGAAGCGCCGGCGGCGUCCCCAUCCUCCCGGGCAAUGUGGUGCAGGGACUCUACCCUGUGGCCCAGCCCAGCCUCGGCAACGCCUCCAACAUGGAGCUUAGCCUGGACCACUUUGACAUCUCCUUCAGCAACCAGUUCUCCGACCUGAUCAACGACUUCAUCUCCGUGGAGGGGGGCAGCAGCAGCAUCUACGGGCACCAGCUGGUGUCGGGGGACAGCACGGCGCUCUCACAGUCAGAGGACGGGGCACGGGCCCCCUUCACCCAGGCAGAGAUGUGCCUCCCCUGCUGCAGCCCCCAGCAGGGUAGCCUGCAGCUGAGCAGCUCGGAGGGCGGGGCUGGCACCAUGGCCUACAUGCACGUCGCUGAGGUGGUCUCGGCCGCCUCGGCCCAGGGCACCCUGGGCAUGCUGCAGCAGAGCGGACGGGUGUUCAUGGUGACCGACUACUCCCCAGAGUGGUCUUACCCAGAGGGAGGAGUGAAGGUCCUCAUCACAGGCCCGUGGCAAGAAGCCAGCAAUAACUACAGCUGCCUGUUUGACCAGAUCUCAGUGCCUGCAUCCCUGAUUCAGCCUGGGGUGCUGCGCUGCUACUGCCCAGCCCAUGACACUGGUCUUGUGACCCUACAAGUUGCCUUCAACAACCAGAUCAUCUCCAAUUCGGUGGUGUUUGAGUACAAAGCCCGGGCUCUGCCCACUCUCCCUUCCUCCCAGCACGACUGGCUGUCGUUGGACGAUAACCAGUUCAGGAUGUCCAUCCUGGAACGACUGGAGCAGAUGGAGAGGAGGAUGGCUGAGAUGACGGGGUCCCAGCAGCACAAACAGGCGAGCGGAGGCGGCAGCAGUGGAGGCGGCAGCGGGAGCGGGAAUGGAGGGAGCCAGGCGCAGUGUGCUUCUGGGACUGGGGCCUUGGGGAGCUGUUUUGAGAGCCGUGUGGUCGUGGUAUGCGAGAAGAUGAUGAGCCGAGCCUGCUGGGCGAAGUCCAAGCACUUGAUCCACUCAAAGACUUUCCGCGGAAUGACCCUCCUCCACCUGGCCGCUGCCCAGGGCUAUGCCACCCUAAUCCAGACCCUCAUCAAAUGGCGUACAAAGCACGCGGAUAGCAUUGACCUGGAACUGGAAGUUGACCCCUUGAAUGUGGACCACUUCUCCUGUACUCCUCUGAUGUGGGCGUGUGCCCUAGGGCACUUGGAAGCUGCCGUCGUGCUGUACAAGUGGGACCGUCGGGCCAUCUCGAUUCCUGACUCUCUAGGAAGGCUGCCUUUGGGAAUUGCCAGGUCACGGGGUCAUGUGAAAUUAGCAGAGUGUCUGGAGCACCUGCAGAGAGAUGAGCAGGCUCAGCUGGGACAGAACCCCAGAAUCCACUGUCCUGCAAGUGAAGAGCCCAGCACAGAGAGCUGGAUGGCCCAGUGGCACAGCGAAGCUAUCAGCUCUCCAGAAAUACCCAAGGGAGUCACUGUUAUUGCAAGCACCAACCCAGAGCUGAGAAGACCUCGUUCUGAACCCUCUAAUUACUACAGCAGUGAGAGCCACAAAGAUUAUCCGGCUCCCAAAAAGCAUAAAUUGAACCCUGAGUACUUCCAGACAAGGCAGGAGAAGCUGCUUCCCACUGCACUGAGUCUGGAAGAGCCAAAUAUCAGGAAGCAAAGCCCUAGUUCUAAGCAGUCUGUCCCCGAGACACUCAGCCCCAGUGAAGGAGUGAGGGACUUCAGCCGGGAACUCUCCCCUCCCACUCCAGAGACUGCAGCAUUUCAAGCCUCUGGAUCUCAGCCUGUAGGAAAGUGGAAUUCCAAAGAUCUUUACAUUGGUGUGUCUACAGUACAGGUGACUGGAAAUCCGAAGGGGACCAGUGUAGGAAAGGAGGCAGCACCUUCACAGGUGCGUCCACGGGAACCAAUGAGUGUCCUGAUGAUGGCUAACAGAGAGGUGGUGAAUACAGAGCUGGGGUCCUACCGUGAUAGUGCAGAAAAUGAAGAAUGCGCCCAGCCCAUGGAUGACAUACAGGUGAACAUGAUGACCUUGGCAGAACACAUUAUUGAAGCCACACCUGACCGAAUCAAGCAGGAGAAUUUUGUGCCCAUGGAGUCCUCAGGAUUGGAAAGAACAGACCCUGCCACCAUUAGCAGUACAAUGAGCUGGCUGGCCAGUUACCUAGCGGAUGCUGACUGCCUGCCCAGUGCUGCCCAGAUCCGAAGUGCAUAUAACGAGCCUCUAACCCCUUCUUCUAAUACCAGCUUGAGCCCUGUUGGCUCUCCCGUCAGUGAAAUCGCUUUCGAGAAACCUAACCUUCCCUCCGCCGCGGAUUGGUCAGAAUUCCUGAGUGCAUCUACCAGUGAGAAGGUAGAGAACGAGUUUGCUCAGCUCACUCUGUCUGAUCAUGAACAGAGAGAACUCUAUGAGGCUGCCAGGCUUGUCCAGACAGCUUUCCGGAAAUACAAGGGCCGACCCUUGCGGGAACAGCAAGAAGUAGCUGCUGCUGUCAUUCAGCGUUGUUACAGAAAAUAUAAACAGCUGACAUGGAUAGCCUUGAAGUAUGCACUUUAUAAAAAGAUGACACAGGCUGCCAUCCUUAUCCAGAGCAAAUUCCGAAGUUACUAUGAACAAAAAAAAUUCCAGCAGAGCCGAAGGGCUGCUGUGCUCAUCCAGAAGUACUACCGAAGUUAUAAGAAAUGUGGCAAAAGACGGCAGGCUCGCCGGACGGCUGUGAUUGUACAACAGAAACUCAGGAGCAGUUUGCUAACCAAAAAGCAGGAUCAAGCUGCUCGAAAAAUAAUGAGGUUUCUACGCCGCUGUCGCCACAGCCCCCUGGUGGACCAUAGGCUGUACAAAAGGGAAAUGAAUAUUUUUGGAACACAGUGGUGUGUGUUAAAUUGCAGACAGCAUGGUCUGUGUCAUUCUUAUUGGGCCUCUCUGUCUUUUUUGUUUUGCAAUCCAAAUGAGAUUUCUGGAAAAUGGCAAGAUCUCUCUUUUCCUAAAUUCCCCACAAGCUAUUGCAGCUCUCAAAGCAACAGGUAAUAAUCAGAAAGCCGCAUCCGCUGCCCUGUCUAUUUUUGACGUCCAGCAUUGCGAGAAUAUUCCCGCUGAACUCCACUGACUCAUGAGACAUUUCUCUGGCUGAGCAUCACUGAGUAGAUGUAAUGAAGCAGCUUUGCCUUACGCUUUACCCAUGGAGCCAUUGUUUGCUACAAGUUUCUGAAGCAGGCCUACUUCAUUGAUUCAUAAAUGAUCAUUGGACGUCUGAUGGAAGUAAACCCUGUGGGCUUUUGCUGGCUUUCAGUGCUGUUGCUUACGACAUCACUUCAGUACAUUACAAUGCAACUUUUUGGGAAGGGGGAAUUGAGACUACAACGGUAUCCCAGAGUGGUGAUUAUUCUCAGCCUAGAAUGCUUGGGGAAAUACUGGGAUUGUCUUUAAUGUUAAUAGCUGAAUGGUAACGGGUCAGUCUUGCUAUUCUAAUUACUGUAAGUCCGAGCCAGUAAGAGUUCUACUUUGCAAGUUACUGAUAGGAGUCAGAAAUUUGGCCGCACAGCUCUCCUGAGGGCAGCACUGGCGCUGUGGGAACUGUAGCUUCUGUCCUGCAUUGCCUCUAUGAGCUCAGGGAAGACUGCUUUGCCUGUCUUCUGUGUAAGGGAAUUUAGAAGUAAGUGCAAUUAUAAUUUUUUUUUUUUUUAGGUAGCCUGGACAUUUUUAGAUUCAGUUCUUUCUUAGCCCUGAAUGAGUCUAACAGUUGUAAUUCCUUAAGAGAACCGAGCACUCAGUAACCCUUAGCUAAGUUUGUGUAACAUAACAAAAGUUUAUCAUGCACCUGUGUUCCAAGUUCUAUAAGAUAUGGUGACCACAGGUCCUGGAUUUUCAAGUCAAAUUCCAAUUUCAAAAAUUCUUGUCUAUAUUUACCCAGUUUGUAUACUGAAAAAUUUGCUUACAACAUAGGUAAUGUUAAUGAAACCAGUUCAGUCCAUUGAUUUUGGUUUCAGUCUACAAAAUUGAGUUUUUUUCCUUCCUCUGAAUUUUUCAGUUGUUUUUACAUAAUAUGAACACAGCAUUUGUAAGACAGAUUAGUAACAGAUGGAUAGAAAACCAUCUAAUUCACUUUUUUUUUUUUUUUUUUUUAAGACUAACAAGCAGCUCAUGCCUGUAAUCCCAGCACUUUUGGGGGCUGAGGCAGGAGAAUUGCUUAAGGCCAGGAGUUCAAGACCAGCUUGGGCAAUAUAUUUAGAUCCCCUGUCUAGACAAAAAAAUUUAAAAAUUAGCCAGGUAUGGUGAUGUGUACCUGUAGUCCUAGCUACUUAGGAGGCUAAGGCUAAGGAUUGCUUGAGCCCAGAAAUUCCAGGCCACAGUGAGCUAUGACUGUUCCACUGCCCUCCAGGCUGGUCAACCCUGUCUCUAAAUAAGUGGAGAAAAUAAAAGCUAACAAGCAGGAAUAAUUAUUAUUACAAAAGCAGCACAUACUAAUUGUAGUAAAUUCUGGAAAUACAAAUAACCAAGGAGAAUCACCCAGAGAUAAUAAUGGUUAAACUUCUAUUUUGUAUCCCUCUCAUUGGUAAAGACUUAUUUUUAAUUAACAUCUGCCUGAAUAAUCAUUCGUGUCCUUAACUAAUAACAAGGUGAUCUUAAAUUUAGUCAUUUGAAACACUCUGAUUUGAAACAUCUAUUUCUUAAAAUUUCUUUUAAAAUUCUAGUAUAUGUUAUUCUAAAUCACUUUGGUGAUAUAAUUGUUUUCUGUUUCUUUGGAGGCAAUAUAACAUUCAAACAUUAUUUUAUCUAGUUGAUGUUUGAUUUAAAACAAAACAAAAAUUAAGCCCCACUGUCUCAUCCUAAUAAUCUACUCUCAAGUAACAUAAAACUUCAUUUAUGAUUUCACUAGGGCAGAUAGUAAGCCUCUCAAUUUCAUGUUAACUUUCAGAGGUAAGUUAACAUCUAUAUGGUCUAUAAAUUGCAAAUUGGAGAAUAAGGCUAAAAAUCUCCGUUGAUGCUUACAAACAUUCUUUUCACACGUUUUAGGAUGCUAAAUAAUUGUGUUGUAAAAUCAAUAAGUACAUUUUAUAUGAGGGUCUUUCCCCACCAAGAGUGUUUUUUAUUAAUAAAAUCAAUAUAGUGUCUUAUAAAAGAUGACACCUUAGAAUUGAGAAAAUGUAAUUGUUGUUAAUUUCAUCUCAUACCAUGGAAAUUUUCCAAGUGCAUAUUUCUUAUAAAGUCUUUUGGAAAAAACAAUAAAAUAUUAUUUUUAAAAAAUUUCUGUGUUAUCCUGGGAGAUAUUUUUAGAGGCAGUGGAAUGUUGAAACUAUAGGUUUGGAAGUCAGACAAACCUGGGCUCAAUUCCCUGCUCUGCCAUUUAUUAACUGUGUGAAUUGGGGCAGAUUGCUUAAUUCCUAUAAAUCUCAGGUUCUGCAUUUACAAAUUAGAGCUAAUGGCAGUGUUGUGAGGACUACAUAAAGUGACAGAUAUUAAGUAACCUGUAUAGCUAUUGGAAUUUAAUACUGUUCUCUCUCAUUUUUCCCUUUUUUUCUAAUUCCUCCUUGAACGACUUUCUGUAAAAAAUGUUUGUGCCAUUUAAGUCAUUUUGAUGUCAUGUAUAAUGCUAGCAUACUAUGAUAACUUUAUCAUGAAGCUAAGAACUAAAUUCUCCACUUUAACUCAGGAGUUGUGAAAGCCUGGAAAAUAUAUCUGAAAAUUGCAGUGUUCUCAUUUUUCCUGUGUAGAUAUUGUACGUGGACAUGCACCUCUCCUUAACCUAGUGGUCUGUAAGGCCAUCACUAAUUCAUAGAGUAUUUACAUGACAACUUUAAAACCGUAUGAAAACUUAACUUUUUAAUUAGUUCUGAAAGAAACUGAAAAAACUGCAAAAACAAAUGUGACCAUUUUAACUAUAAGGAAAAUGUUUUAGGGUAUACCUACCCUGACCAGCUGAUUAUAGAUUCUUUGGUAUGAAACCACAUAAAACACUUCCGUUUUAUAAUUCACUCUCCUUUUUAUUUCAUCUCAAUGAUGAACUUAAUAUUUCUAAAGCAUUCCUGUUCAUUCUAGAAAAAUUGUGAAUGUAUAACAUCUUUGUGUUUAUGCGAUCAGAUUUUGAGUUCAGAAUUCCUCAAAUUCUAGACAUCUCAUCAGUGAUGGAGUCACUGUCGCAUAUUUGUGAAUGAGUUCUGUGCUAGUGCAGAAAGAAAACGUAGCAUUUGAAGUGGCAUGCACACGCUGCGGAAAUUCAGCAGAUAGGUCUGCACAAGUACAGAUAUUGCAUGUCCAGAGCAAAGUUGGCAUCAGUGCAUGCCUUGCAUUUCCAGCCAAAGGGAUGUUAGUAUAGAUAUUGCAUGUUUAAAAAUUGAACAGACUAUAGCAUGUUUCAAUUUUUAAAAAGCCAUUUAUUUAUCAAGUAUGCAUGUCCAAAAUUAGGGACCUAUAGUGAUGUACAAUUCUAUACUGUAAUAUGACCCAAA